CCUUAAACCCUGAGAAUUAAAACCUCUCUCUCUCUCUGCGUUCUCCAUCCUCAUGAUUUGCGUUUGGACUACUUUCUGAGCAGAAAUGGCUUUGAGAAGAUUGCAGACGAUUCGUGCUCUGUAUUGGACAGCUGGGAUUCGAGAAUCUUCGUAUCUGCUUGGUAGUUCAAGAAGCUAUUCAAAUGCUAUUUCACACGUUCCUGAACUUAAUCAGCGGAGCAUUUCUUCUUGCUUAUAUAAGGCCCGGAAUGCUUUCCACUUCACUCGAGGAUGUACGAUGACUCUUCGCUCUACGAUGGCUGCCGAGUUGUUGAUAUUCUCCAAUGACACGAGGUUGGUUACUACACAAGCAAAAGCCCCUCCACAAGCGCGACAGAUGGGAUCUCUUAAAGUAUCCAUGUUGAGUCCUGGAUUCAUUUAUGAACCUUAUGCACCUCGUGAACCAAUAUCAUUUUGGCAGAGAUGGUUCACAAGAAGUGGUUGGAAAAGAACAAAAGAGGAUGUUAUUCUGGAGCUUAAAAAUGCCUAUGCAGUUUCCAAAUUAAGAAAAUCUGGAUACUCAAAGCAGAAGUUUUACAAUGAGGCCAUAAAUUUGUACAAGGAGAUAAACACUCUAAUGGCAAAUGGAGACAAAACAUCAUUAAGGAAAGCAGUUACUGAAAGAAUGUACUCUGCACUCAAAAGUGAAAUUAAACAAAGAGAAUCCGUGUGGAGCAAGGUUUAUUGGGAAAUGGUCGAACCAGUUGUUAAGAUACGAACUUUGCGAGCUCGUCUGAUUGGUGUUGAUCGCAAUGACCUCAGCAAAGUUUUCAUUCAACUCACACUCGAGUUUCUGACUAAGCAGAAGUUUGAAGCCUAUGAUUCAAACGGUUCUGUUGUAGCUGGAGAUAAAGUUAAGGAGGUUCUUGUCCGUGAUAUAUGGGUAUUUGAGAAAUCUUUCUUUCACCCUGGAGCUUACUGGCGUCUCUGUGGGCGGAUCUCACAGAAAUCUCCUUGAUUGAAGUCAGAGAGAUCUACCACCAUGCUGAUAAUGAUGAUUAACUGCUGUUACCAAUUUUGUAAGCUGAACUGUGUAAAUUUCUCAAAUCUAUUAAACAGAUAGAACUCUAAGUUUACAGGAUGGAUGCCCCUUGAGUCAAGAGUUGCAACUUGUUAUUAUUCCAAUUUCACCUGGGGUUAGCUUUGGGGAUCAACUGGAGUUGCAUUCCUCGAGCAAUAAAUAUGAGACGGUGAUUGUUGUUCUUAGAACAUUGUGAAUUGCCAUCAUUUCAGUGUGGAAUGUCUCAUGAAUGCCUAUCCUCUGUUGAACUAA